CUUCAAAACCAAACCUUCUCUGUUAUUGUCAAGAUUUUUGCGCCACAAGCCUCUCUUGCCUUCUUGAAUAUCAUCACCUGAUCGAAAGACUAUCGAAAGCCUCUCUUGCCCUCCAUUGAACUCCAGAUUUUUCAAUUCAUUUGCCAUUUAGAACCUCAAAGGACCGUGUGAAACUAUUGGGACUUCAAAGAGUGUUAUGAUGAGCGGCACCAUGAUUUUCGAAGGAGAUGAACAGAUGGAAUUGCCUCCGGGGUUUCGAUUCCACCCGACUGACGAAGAGCUGAUCACUCACUACCUCACCCCAAAAGUUCUUGACGGCAGCUUCCGUGCAAGAGCCAUGGGGGAGGUUGAUUUAAACAAGUGCGAACCGUGGGACUUGCCUGGGCAAGCAAAAAUGGGCGAAAAGGAAUGGUACUUCUUCUGUGUGAGAGACAGGAAGUACCCGACCGGUAUGAGGACGAAUAGAGCUACCGAAGCCGGCUAUUGGAAAGCCACCGGUAAAGACAAGGAGAUCCGCAGGAUGAAGAAGGUGGUCGGGAUGAAGAAAACUCUCGUUUUCUACAGGGGAAGAGCUCCUAAUGGUCAGAAGACCAACUGGGUCAUGCACGAAUUCAGGCUAGGAGACGGCUAUUAUCAACACCAUCUUUCCAACUCACAAAAGAACGACUGGGUCAUUUGCAGAAUCUUUGAAAAAGGACCUGAUGGGAAGAAAGCUGAUCAGCCUGAGACUCUGCCUGGCGGUCUAGAGAGGCUGAGCUCGUUUGACAACGAACCGAAAGCAUCUCUUUUGCCUCUGCCUCCACUGGUGGAGUCGUCUCCAUUCACCACCACCUCCUUCUCCGAUCGACCCGAGGAUCGCAAUGCUCAGAAGACUUCCCUCUUCUCUUCUCCAUCUUCAUCGGAGCUAGACCAGUCUCUCGGCCCCGCGCAUUCGUUCGGCUGGUCGGACACGGUCUUCAUGCACGAGCAGGCAAUUCUGAGGAUGCUGCUCGAGAACUCGGCGUCAAACGCGAAGGCUGAGUACGCAGACUUCUCGCAAGCAAGACGCCAGGACAGAGAGGCGACGAUGCCGACGUCUUUUCAGUGCGAUGUGGAUUGCCUUUGGAGAAACUGAGGCUGGAUGGAGAUGGAAGAUUAGGCAUCAGGUGAAGGUGAAGAAGAGAACGAUGGUUUAGAUGAUUUGGAUCUUUCUUUUUGCUCUUUCUGGUUUGUUCUCCAUUGUUUGAAGAGGCCUUUUGUGUUUGUGCGUGCGUUUGUAGAGUGUCUCUGCAUCCUCAUCA